CUUCUCCGUCGUCCCAUUCAUGUCUCUUCCCCCGCUGUGACCUCAAUCGCACCUCCCCCCUCUUCCGCCCGCCAUGUUCCGUCCCGCCUCUAGAGCCCUCCUCCGGUCCCCGGCCGUCGCAGUCCGUGGCCCGGCCAGCAGACGAUUGAUAAGCACCGCACCCGCAGAGUCCAAGCCGAGGAGUUGGAAGAACACCGCUGUCCGCCUGGGUCUGGCCGCCGGUGCCGUCUACUACUACAACACGAGCCCCUACUUCGCUCAAAGACCGACCUUCUCCCUCCGCUCGCAACCCCAAACCGACUCCCUCGACGGAGAAUCCCCCCUCACCCUCGAGUCCAUCAAGCCCAAGAUCCGUGAACAGAAGAAGGCGCCCGCUCCCGCUCCCACCCCCGUCCCCCAAGAUGCGCAACCCGCCACCGACGAUGCCCCCGUGAAGUCCCCUGAAGAGCUCCAACAGGAAGCCGAUGAGCAAGGCGCCUUCAACCCCGAGACCGGCGAGAUCAACUGGGACUGCCCUUGUCUGGGCGGUAUGGCCCACGGCCCUUGCGGAGAGGACUUCCGGGCUGCGUUCAGCUGCUUCGUGUACUCGCCUGAGGAGCCGAAGGGCAUUGACUGCAUCGACAAGUUCCAGGCCAUGCAAAACUGCUUCAGAGAACACCCCGACGUCUACGGCGCCGAGCUCGAGGACGAUGAGGCCGCUCCCGCUGCCCCCGCCCCCGAAUCCAGCGACGAGCUGCCCCUGUCGGCCGCGGAAAUUGACGCCGCCUCCCACCCAGACGAGAAGCACGCCCGCGCACAGGCCGUCAACGCUGAGACGAAACAGGCCCUCGCCGAGGCGGGUGAACUCGCCGAGAGCGAGGCCCUGAUCCCCAAGGCUGCCCACGAUGCCGAGGAGCAGAACCAGAAAUAAAUAAUCUAGCCUCUUUCUUCCAAAUUCAAUUCUUUUCAACCUAUCUGCUUAGAACUCGGUACCCUGUGGAUGCGGUGGAGCUAUGAUCCGAUACCAUACUGUGAGACAUACAUACAAACGGGGUUGUUCGGUGGAUUGGUUCAGUGUGAAGCGGAGUCGGAGUCGGAGUCAAAAGAACGUGCAUGCAUACCGCAGAGAGUAA